GUGCAUUGCCUGGCACUUUUCUCAAAGGCAGGAAGCAGUGCUGCAGCAGUGGCAUCUAUUUAUAGUGACACCACAUGUGUUUCUGACCAGAGCGCAGCACAGCUAACCUUGUGGUGUGGUCUCAACUUCACUCAGUUGGAAAAAUCUGUGGUUGGCACUAUGAACCGAGCCUGGGCUGUAUUCAAGGCUCACCCAUACAUCAGUAACGUGCUAGGAUACACAAUGCUGUUUGCUUCUGCUGACAUCAUACAGCAGAGUGUGCUGGGUGGGAAACCUGUGUCAGGAUCCACAUCAGAGGAUUCAGCUGGCAUCGACUGGAGUCAGACGGCUCGAGUGGCAACUGUCGGUUUUUGUUUUCAUGCCAACUUCAACUACCACUGGUUCAGAGGGCUGGAGAGGAUGCUGCCAGGAGGUGGAGUAAAGGCAGUGACAGGGAAAGUUGUGGUGGAUCAGCUGAUCGCAGGUCCCCUCACCAUCAGUGCUUUUUAUAUUGGUUUGAGUUUACUAGAAAACAAAGAGGAUUUGCUUGAAACCUGGAGACAGAAAUUCUGGACAUCUUACAAGGCUGGAGUAAUAUUUUGGUCAACAAUGCAGGCAGUGAACUUUGCUCUGGUUCCACCUGUGGCACGGACAGCGUUUGUGGGAGGCAUCGCAUUGACUUUCACAAUCUUCCUCUGUCACUUCAGACAGCAGCAUGACUGCAAACUCAAAUAAAACUGAAAUCCUCAGCUCUGUGAUUGGAGUUUUUGUUAGAUAAUGACAAUAGUUG